GUCAACGACGGUCGACGUCGACGACAACAAGUUCGUGUUCAACUGUAUUGUUUCUUGUUCGUUUGUUGCUGUUCGUGUUGUGGAAAGAGACGGUGGUUUCACAUCUUGAACGUCAACAACAGUUGUUGCAGCGGAAUUUUCGAGUGAUAAUCUAUUACCUGAACUAAGAUUUGUAUUAGUAUUUAGCUCGAUUAGUUCGAAUGCACGCACGAUGUAAUUUAGUGAGUUGGGUGACGUACUUUGAAAGUUUUAACGGAUCUGGCCGUCAACAGGUGUUACUAACUAAGAACGUUUAAAAUCUGGUUUCUAAGAACUAGGUAGCCUAUUAUAGCGUUUGUUAUUGUGUUUAGAUUACUGAAAAUCAUCCAAGUUUGUUUCAUAGUGUGUGAUGUUUUGUACACUUGACAUUAACAUAACCUAGAUAACUUAUUCACAGACGUUGUAGAAACCUAGUUUGUUGAGUGGUAACCUACUUGUCAGGUGCCUUCAGAAAGGUAAAUUUAUUGACUUUGAACUGUGUCAAGCUACAGCGUGGCCUGAAAAUGUCAAAAUCAGCCUUUAGAGACGGCAUUGGACUCAAUGAAAAGCAAAAUGGACUCCUCAAAGUGAGUGAAGAUGUGCUGUCAACUAUAAUUAAAAACGAACCCAUCUCCAAUGUUUAUGAUGUUGAAGAUACACCAUUUGCAAGAGGCAAGUUCGCGGCAGUGCGGAGAUGUACACACAAGACGAGUGGUGUAGCCUACGCAGCCAAGUGUAUCCGCAAGCGACGGCGGCUACAAGACCAGCGUGCAGACAUACUACACGAGGUGGCAGUCCUGCUAGCAGCUGCGUCCAGUGAUAGGAUAGUCAGAUUGUACGAGGUCUACGAGACUGCCAAUGAGAUGGCUAUUGUGCUUGAGCUGGCCAAGGGUGGAGAGUUACAGAGGGUAGUUGAGGCCGAGGAUGGACUAGAGGAGGUUCACGCUGUCAGAGUCAUGAAACACAUCCUGGAGGCCUUGGUGUUCCUGCACUCCCGCAACAUUGCACAUCUUGAUCUCAAGCCACAAAACAUUCUCCUGUCAACUGAACACCCAGACUCAGAUAUAAAGCUCUGUGAUUUUGGAAUUUCUAGAAUAGUUCAAAAUGGAGUUGACGUUAAAGAAAUCCUUGGCACACCAGAUUAUGUUGCGCCAGAGAUACUCAAGUUCGACCCGAUCUCACUACAGUCGGACGUUUGGUCGGUGGGAGUGUUGGCGUAUGUGUUGUUGACAGGAUACUCACCCUUCGCUGGAGAAACCAAACAAGAGACCUUCUGUAACAUCACACAAGGAGACGUCACCUUCCCCGACGAAUUGUUCGGCCACAUCAGUCCUCGGGCGAAACACUUCAUAGAGGUGACACUUCGCACAAAACCCAGUGACAGGCUGACAGCUCAGGAGUGCCUUGAUCACCCGUGGAUCUGCGGGGAGACACUAAUCUGCCCCUCAGUGAUCACCGUGAUAGAGGAGGAGGUAGAAACUGACUCACCUUUCUCCAGAGACUCCCCCUCCCGCCGCUCCUUCGCCUGCGGAGCACAGUGUUGCCAAAACGACGACCACAGGCACAGCAAGACCUCCGUGGUGGAGAUACUGCACGACCGCGGAAUAAUCUGUUGAGAAAAGACGACUGUUGAGAAUUUCCCUUCGGACACCUGGAUCUUUCAUUAUCCUUGCCUUAGAACGUAGCUCAAACGAAUACUUUAUACUUGUGAGCGUUUUCCUUAUUGAAAUUUUUGUACCGAAAGUUUGCAGCCAAAGAUGUACCAUAAUUGGAUUGAAGGCUUCGAGUAGCAUUGUAGGCUUUUGAUACGGAAACGUGAUUAUAAGUAUUUUUCUAAACGUUAAUGUACAUUUUAUCCGUAAUGAAAUAUUUAUUUUUUAUGUUCUUCCAUUGGUGAAAGUGCAUGAAGUGUGAAAAAAAAUUACGAUGUAAGUUUAAAAUUGAUGAAGUAAGUAAGAAUUAAGUAAAAGCUCCCGCUGUUUGUCACAUCAUUUAAGGAAUCAAUGUUUUUUAAUGUACGGAUGAUCUUAAUCAAUUGUAUCUUAAAUUAUAAAUGGCUCAAUAUUCUAAAAGUGAACUAAUUUAUGAGUCUCACGUGUUUUUAUCAGUAUUUAUUUGUUUCCAACUAUUGUUUUCUGCACUAGUCUUUAUGAAUGUAAAUAUUGAUGUAGAUAUGAUCUUUUGCCUAAGUGCCUAUAGGGGUGCAUAUAAUGUGCCCCACUGGCGCGGUGUCUGUAUUAAAUGAAAGCUUUAUAAUGGUUUAUGUA